AUGAAACAAAAAGAACUAACACUUAAAUUACAAAUGUUCGAUCUACCUUUGAAGCAAAUAUCAGCUGUGAAUUUGGAUGAAGGAUGCCAAAACAAUCUAGAAACAGGAAUAGAGUUUUUUAUCAGAUUAGAUUGCUUCCAAGCAUUUCAACAAACUCCGUUAUACAUUUAUUUAACAGAUUCGAAAAAGCAUACACACUGCGCAUGUGGAUUUGAUAUAUGCACGACUUUAGUUGAAUCUUAUCAGAAUACUGGAAUGAAAUUUACAUAUCAACUAAAUAUUCCUUUAGAAAACAAAAAUCAAACUCAAGUUGGCUCAAUUAACAUAGAAUAUUCGUUAGUUCACUUUUCUUCCGAUGUAGAAUCAGUUUCUUGCUUGGAUAGAGAACCAGAAAAGGUAGUUGAGCUUCAAAAGCCACCUGAACCAGCGCCAAAGAAGCCAAAACCAAAGAAAAAGCGAGAAUUACCUGUUGUCAAUCCACGUGAAGCAGAUGUUUAUCAAUUAAAUAUUCAUUAUCGAAAAACUCGCGAACAACUCAAGAAAGAGCUAAUUGAUCUUGAAAAGAAGGUACGUACAAUUGAAGAUUCAAAACGUCGCCAUAAAAUACGCAGAGCAACACAAAUUGAAGAUUUAACUGCCACGUCUUCAAGAAUACCAUCAAUGAUCAACGACGAUCCAUUUAAUCAUGUGGAAAUCAUUACAGACAAUCCUCCGUCUCAAAGACAAAGACGAGAAUCUUCAUCAAAUUCCACGUCUUUGUCCAAACCAAUUAAAGCUCAAGCAACAAUUUCUCACAUUGCCUCGAAACCAUCAUCCCGCGAGCAAUCUCAAGAAGCGAUUGAAAAACUUUCAUUAGUUUCUUCUCAAAUGCCAACUUCAAAAGAAUCUUCCAAAGCAUCAUAUGAAUUUGACUCUAGUGAAUCAUCAAGCUUUAGCAAAAUUAUAGAUGAUACACAAAACGUUUCUGAUGUUUCUCGGAAUUCUUCGUCUCAUAAAAUGAAUUCAAAAGAUCAAAUAAUUGAUGCUCAAAACAUUUCUGAUGUUUCAAGGAAUUCUUCGUCUCAUAAAAUGAAUUCAAAAGAUCAAAUAAUUGAUGCUCAAAACAUUUCUGAUGUUUCAAGGAAUUCUUCGUCUCAUAAAAUGAAUUCAAAAGAUCAAAUAAUUGAUACACAAAACAUUUCUGAUGUUUCUCGGAAUUCAUCGUCUCAUAAAAUUAAUUCAAAAGAUCAAAUAGAUGAUACUUUUACAUCUACUUCAUCGAGUCAUAGAAGUAGAACAAGUUCUAAAAAGAGUUUUGAUUCAACAUUGUUAUCUGAUACUAAUACUUCCAGAUCUUCCAACAAAGUUCCUUCUGAACCUAAUACUGUUUCUGCUUUGAAUGAUACAACAUCGACAUUACCUUCAUUCCUUAAAAGCACUCUCAAAAGUUCUAUCCAAGAUGAAAAGAAAGCUGAUGAUUUUAGUUCUUUCGAAAGUAAUUCUUCGUCAAAGCUAAGUUCUUCCAAAAAAUCUCAUAAUAAAAAUUCCAGUAUUAUUUCAUCAAAGAAUUCUAGUGAAAUAUCUGGAAAGAACUCAAAAGUUUCAAGAAAAUCAAACAUUUCAAGUUCUUCGGAUAUUAUUUCUGAAUCAUUCACUUAA